UUUGUAUACUUUAGGAUUUAACUUAUAUGUUUUGUACCAUUAUCCUUUUAAUUUGUAACCUAUUAUAUAGAAAAAAAACAUCUAACUGUUGUUAAAACAUUGCAGUAAUAAAUUCAUUUAAUUUUAGGACUUAAACAAAAUAAUUAAGCCAGUAGCCACUGAAACGGCUGAAUACUGAUGAACACGAGCAACGCUAAAAUAGUACACUACUUCGCAAUAUGUUUAUUGUUUUGUAAAUGAGUUGUUAUGAUGACUGUGUAUCAUUGAAUUUUUGGUUUCAAUUGAUAACCAUGAAAGGGGUUUUAAUCAUAAUCGCAGCGUAUUUCUUAUAUUUUUGCAAAGGUGCUAGCCGCACCUUUAAUGUGCAAAGCAAUGUGCUUAAUGAUCGACCGAUUAUUGGUGUAUUGUCCCAAGAACAAUCUAUUUAUUUGCACUCGAAAUAUCCCGAGGAAAAUUAUACAAGCUACAUAGCAGCUUCUUAUGUUAAGGAUAUUGAAUCAGCGGGUGCAAGAGUUGUGCCAAUCUUGAUUGGCAAAGACCGUCGCUACUAUGAAGAACUUAUAAAUAAGAUAAAUGGGGUAUUUUUGCCGGGUGGCGCAACGUUCUUCAACCAGUCAAACGGCUUCGCUGAUGCUGGUCAGCAUAUAUACGAUAUCGCAAAAGAAUUGAACGACGCUGGAGAUUAUUUUCCAAUAUUUGGAACAUGUCUUGGCUUCGAGCUGCUUAUUAUUUUAGCUUCAGGACGCGAUAAAAUCGAAAAUAGAAUAAGAUGUUACUCGUAUAAUAAUCUCCCACUCAAUUUUACACGAGAUUACCGGAGUAGCAAAAUGUUCAAGGAAACUCCACGUGAUAUAAUUAAUAUAUUGAAAACCAAAGAUGUUACUGUGAACGCUCAUCAGUUUUGCAUAGUUGAUGAAAAUUUAAAAUCUCACAACCUCACCGAUGAUUGGCGGGUGACUGCUCACAGCAACGACGAAUACAAUGUCGAGUUCAUCGCAAGCAUUGAACAUAGGAGAUAUCCAUUUUACGGGGUGCAGUUCCACCCGGAGAAGAGUGCGUUUGAAUGGAAAAGAUCGAAGAAUUAUCCGCAUUCGUUUGAGGCUGUGAAGGCCAACCGUUAUUUUAUGGACUUUUUCGUCCAGGAAUGUAGAAAGAGUCGACAUUCCUUCGCCAGCGCAACGGAAGAAAAUCGUUACAUAAUUUAUAAUUACGAACCACGCUUUACGGGUGUCCUCGGCAGUGCUUACCACCAAUGCUAUUUCUUCGAGCCCAGAGGAACAGUUUCAUAUAAAUAAUAAUGUAAAACAUUAUGAUUGCGGCAUGUAUACGUAAUUGUUACAAUUAAUAGUCGGAUAUUUUUAUAUGUUGGUGUCAACAUUUAUUUUCUUCUACAUAAGUUAAGUUUGUAAAAAUGUCUAUUCGACAGUAAGCAUACAUGCUUAAUAUUUUUUUUGCUGUUUUAUAAUCCGUCAACAUAAAAAACAUGCUAUAUAAUCUAUGCUUUCUGAAACUAUGAACUGUCAUGGUUUGACAAUUUCUGAAUGACUUAUAAAAUUAAUAUUGACCUAAUUUAUAUAGCUUUUUGUUAGUUUAA